AUGCACCUGCCGCCCCAGGACGCGCUCCUGAGCAUGGGCGACGCCGGGGGCGGCGGAGGCGGAGGCGGAGGCUUCUCGCUGGCUGGGCCCCUGCUCAGGAGCCCCGUGUCGGGAGGUCCCCCGUCUCGUCUCCACAGCAUCGAGGCCAUCCUGGGAUUUACCAAAGAAGACCCCCGUUUGGGCAGCUUCCAGAGCCAGGAAGGCAACGGCCAAGGGGCCAAGGCGGGGAAAGAGGCGGCCGAGAAGACGGGCGCCGGCGGGGAAGGCUUCUCCCAAAUGCCCGCCCAGGAGGCGCUGAGGCAGGAGCAGGCUUUCCCUACUUCUCACUUCUCAGAUCCCUACUGUACGAAACAUUCAGACAACUGUUUGAGCCCGGAGCUGGCUGCUUGUAACAGUGAUGGCAAACUCUUAGAUGAAGACCAGCCCAAGAAGAAGCAUAGAAGGAACCGUACCACCUUCACCACUUAUCAACUACACGAGCUGGAGCGAGCUUUUGAAAAAUCUCACUAUCCUGAUGUUUACAGCCGAGAAGAGCUUGCCAUGAAAGUCAAUCUACCUGAAGUCAGAGUUCAGGUUUGGUUUCAGAAUCGGAGAGCGAAAUGGAGGCGUCAGGAGAAGCUGGAAAUGACCUCCAUGAAGCUGCAGGAUUCGCCCAUCCUCUCCUUUAACCGCUCUCCUCAACCUUCUGCCAUUGGGACUAUUGGUAGCAACCUGCCCUUGGAAUCAUGGCUCAACCCACCCAUGUCGAACAGUAGCCCCCUCCAAACUUUGCCAGGGUUUGUGUCCUCCCCGCAGAGCCUCCCUAGCAGCUAUACCCCUCCUCCUUUCCUAAACUCUCCCCCUAUGGGGCACACUUUGCAGCCCCUGGGAGUCAUGGGGCCACCACCACCUUACCAAUGUGGGACAAACUUUGUGGAUAAAUUCCCAUUGGAAGAAGUGGAUCCUCGGAAUACCAGCAUUGCAUCAUUAAGGAUGAAAGCAAAGGAGCACAUCCAGUCCUUUGGCAAACCGUGGCAGACAAUCUGA